UCACCACGACCAGCGCUGUCUCUAGUUAUUUUACCUGAGUAUUGCUGGCUUCAACAUCUCACUCGCUCAACACAGUUCAUGAUGAUUCGCACAUUGUGGAUUUUAGCUGCUCUGCCCUUCGUAGCACCACAGUGCACUUUCCCCGAGGAACUCCGGGGAGCCUGGAAGACGAGCACUCUGUCGACCUUGACCUUCACAGACACGACCGUGACACCGCUGCUGUCUUCUGGCAAGACGAUGUCGUGCUUCCUUAACAGGGGGGACCAAAUAUGUAGUCAGGUCGGAAACCUACAAGUUCGGUCCCGCCGUCUUCGUGGACUACACCUGCCUCGACUUCCACUCCGUCUCUACCACCACCUUCUUUUACUACCAGCUAACAGCUGAAAACUCUGACGCCCAACAUGACAGAGUCGUCACCUACUUCAACACAACCGCCCCAACCUUGAACGAAGUCUGUAACGUGGAUGGCACCCCCGCGCCCGGUACCUACUCAUUUAUGAUGCAAUCAGAUGCCCUGAACGUGUCGGUCAAUCGGUGCCCGGAUGUCAUCCUGGGGGAGUACAAUGUCACCCUGCCGUCGUGCCCCGGAGGUGCCGAACUCGACGUCUGCACCGACAAGAAACGCCUCGACUUCAACUACACCCAGUGUGGAGCUGGCCAGUACUCAGGGGAGGUGGUAUAUAACUGCCUGUACAACACCGACAGUGGCGACAUGACGUACCUCACUCUCUAUAACGACGCCGAGGACGACGGCAGCAACCCCUUCAUCCCCUUCUCCUGUGUGGUGAUGGCGACGUCAAGUGGCGGGGUAAAUAUGACGCAUGCGCCUGGUGACUGUAAGAGCGGCCAGACAUCGACUGAGGUGACCGACCCCGGGAUAUCCAAACAGCUCUCGCUCGUCAGCACCUGUGAGACGCCCACGACCACUCCUGCGCCGACGACAUCGACGGCGGCUCCAGGUACGGUGCCGACUGUGAGUGGCUCGACCACCGCAGCUUCUAAUACUUCCUCCGGCUCUGCUACACCUUCUCCUUCUGUAGAUGAUGGAUCUACCACCGAUAAGAAUUCGGCAACAACACGCUUCAUGUCAGCAUGGAUCUUCCUGGUUACCCUGACUCUCAUUGGCUGCAGGCUGUAAGGGUUCAAGGUCGCCGGUAAUCAGGGUGUUAUGACGUGGUCCGCCUUUAAUGGAGCGCCGAAGUAUGGUGUGAUAUCCAUACCCACGACACAGUGCAAUGUAAUCUACUCGUUUUGCUUUUACUUUUGUUUAUUUGUCGUUAUUGUUUACAUUAUUCGUUGUAUUUGGAUUGUGUUGAAAUAAAUAAAUAUUAACCA